AUGACAGCCAGUCUGAUCAGGAUUCAGGAGAGCACCGGGUGGUUGGCGCCGUUUCCCGUGGUCAUCGACUCCCAGAUUGUUCCCUAUUUAAACAUUUUUCGAUUUUUCUGUACUUGUACGACCACCAGCAUGGCGCCCUCCUCAGCCAACCCCUCCAGCUCAGCAUCAGCCUCGACGGCCAGCACCCACCAGCAGACCAACAGUCUGGCCAGGUUCCACGACAGAGCACCCACACCCAACUCGCCAUGCUUUGUCCACUCCCAUCUCGACCCUGGAAACAACCCUGGCAUAUCUCGCAGCCUGACCAGACACGAACGCUCCCGAAGCAGACAGUUCAAUCCGCCACUGCCAACGAUCCCGCAAAGCUAUCCCUCGCCCGGCUUCUCACCUAACACCCCCCGGCCGAACUCGAUCUCCCAGGGGAUUGGAAGCAUGACCAUCCCAGACCACCAGAACUAUGCCUAUCGGCAGGAUAGAGACGAUGGCCUGGACGAGAAGGAAGGGGAUGAAGACGAAUAUGAUGAUGAAGACGACGACGACGACGACGACGACGAGAACCACGAGAGUAUGACCCGUCAACUAGCCGAGACUGCAACGAGCGUCCGAGAGAUGUCCAAGCAGCUCGGCCGGACUCGGAUCAAAACGGCCAUCCAGAGCGUCUUGAUCAUCACCAAGGCUAGAGAUAACCAUCUGAUUCGCCUGACUCGAGAAUUGGUCAUCUCACUUUCCCGGGAAUCCCUCCAACCGCCGAUCACACAGUCCCUCCAGAGGUCGAGCUCAACCAACCAAUCCAAGCCCUUGGUGAUCUAUGUCGACCACCAAUUACGCCACUCCACCCGCUUCGAUCGGCCGGGCUUAGAGAGGGACUAUCCCGAUUGGUUCCGCCCCCUGUCCCCGUGCAAUCGCUUCAAGCGCCGCCUCUCCCGCACAAACUCCGUCUCAUCCCUCAACUCCAUCCACUCCAACAUCAGCAGUCACAGCUCCGCUUCCAACUCGACCACCGACUCUUUCCUGCAAGAUGACGGAAGACUCCGUUAUUGGACUCCAGAGAUGUGUGCUAAAUCACCAGAGCUCUUUGAUUUGGUAAUCACCCUUGGUGGAGACGGUACGGUCCUGUUUGCUUCCUGGUUAUUCCAACGAGUCGUUCCGCCGAUCAUCUCAUUUGCACUUGGCUCACUUGGUUUCCUUACGAACUUUGACUACGCCGACCACCAGAAGGUCUUACAUGAAGCCAUCAAACGGGGCGUGCGGAUCAACCUGCGGAUGCGCUUCAACUGUACGGUCUAUCGGGCCAGUGUUGGCCCCACUAAACGUCGGGCGGUCAGGUCGGGCAAGACCGGCGAGAUCUUCAUGAACAUCCUCGGCAAGUCGGGCUGGGAGGCCCUCGAGAACGGUUCGGCGCCUUCUAACCAACGCUCAGCCUCUCGUUCAGCUGCCAAGGACGAUAAGGAGAUUGUCUGUUUUAGUACUUACCCCGCUGAGUCAUUCGAAGUCUUGAACGAACUGGUCGUCGAUCGCGGACCGAGUCCGUAUGUGAGCUUGCUAGAGCUCUUUGGCGACGAUCAUCACAUGACCACUGUCCAAGCUGAUGGUUUAACGGUCUCAACACCCACUGGCUCUACGGCCUACUCUUUAUCUGCCGGUGGCUCCCUCGUCCAUCCCGAAAUUCCUGCGAUGUUGAUUACCCCCAUCUGUCCUCACACUCUCUCCUUUCGACCGAUGUUACUCCCGGAUACGAUGGAACUGAGGAUUUGCGUGCCGUACACAUCCCGCAGUACUGCUUGGGCUAGUUUUGAUGGGAGAGGAAGGGUGGAACUACGUCAGGGCGAUCACAUCAAGGUUACAGCCUCAGCAUACCCUUUCCCGACGGUCUGUGGCGUGAGCCAAUCGAUAGAUUGGUUCCAUGCGAUUUCGAGGACGUUGAAGUGGAACGAGCGGGAGCGCCAGAAAUCGUUUGUGGUGAUCGAGGAGGACCAAGCGCAAGCGUCCAGCAGCAGAGUGCCCGGUGCAACAAGUCAAUCGUCCAGCUCCCAAGCGGUUGCGGCGGCGGCACCUGAGCACAUGAUGAAGCAUGAAGAGUUCGAUGACGACGAGCUGGAGGAAUACGAUAUCGACGACGUCGCUCCCAGCGUUUCGUUGGUCGACGACGGACCAUCGGCCGGCCAUGCCCCUUUCGCCCACCCCAUGGAUCCUGCCGGGAUCACGAGGCGGAGACUCGACCAGCGUAACGCCGACCAGAUGACGUCCUCCUCGGAUAUCAGCUCCCAAGGCGCGAGCACCCUCAGGAACUCCUCAGCCGACCCCCCGCCUCCUCCGAUCAUCAGUCAUGAACGGCUCCCCCCGAAAAUCAGCAAUCCUAAUCUCAAGGCGUUCGCUGUCUGGGGCCUCGACUCUAGCAGCUCCUCCGACGGCUCGUCUAGCGAAUCUUGA